AUAAAUAGGAUGUUGGCAGUCGAUAGAAAGAAAUCUGAUAAGGUCGACCUUGCUAAACCUCUGGUCAAGUACAUUCAAGAUCACUUUGGCAGACAAGAGUCCGACGAUCAUGAACAACCAUUGAACAACUUACAGCAACUGCGUGAGGACGUUCGUAACAUACAGGACAAGACUGAUACGUCCAAAGAGCUACUCUGGAAGUACUACUCUCUUUUGCAAUCACUUGAGCUUCGCUUCCCCAUCUCAGAGAACAAUGUUAGGAUAUCAUUCUCAUGGACAGACGCCUACAAAGCAAAGAAGUACUCUUUGUUCUCAAUCUACUACGAGAGAAGUGCCAUCUUGUUCAACUAUGCCUCGUUGUUAUCACAGCUUGGCGCCAGUGCCAGUAGAAGCACGGUGGAUGGAAUUAAGAAGGCCUGUCAGAACUUCCAGGCGGCCGCAGGAGCAUUCAACUCUUUGCGCGAAUAUAUAUCAUUGCAUAGCGAGUGCUCAGUAUCGCCCGAUCUCAGCUCCGACUCACUUACAAUGCUCUCAACUCUAAUGAUUGCCCAGGCGCAGGAGUGUGUCUAUGAGAAGGCAGUGAUGGACAACCUGUCCGACUCGAUCCAAUCCAAGUUGGCCAUCCAAACGGCCGACUUCUACGACUCGGUCCACCAGCUCAGCAACUCCAAUGCUCUCAAGAAUGUUGUUGACAGGUAUUGGUCGAUGGCAUGCCUCAUCAAGUCUUUGAUAUACAAGGCAAUUGCAAACUACAAGGUUGCCAUUGGGCUGGAGAUGUCUCAACAGUUUGGCGAACAAGUUGCCAGACUAAAGGCUGCAGUGGACUACCUGGCGACUGCCCAACAGAACAUACCAAGGACUGCCACCAAUGAUCUAAAGGAGCUACUUGAUAGAACUAAUAGUACUAUUACAAAGUUGUUGGAGUCUGCAAAGAAGGACAAUGAGACUAUCUAUCAUGACACUGUCCCACCCAAAGAGAAGUUGUCGGAUAUUGAGAGGAAGGCAAUCGCAAAGCCAUCACCAUUGCCAGAACAAAUCAGUCAUGACCCAUUCACACUGUUGAUACCCUACGCCAUCAAGGAGGACUCUGCCAUUUACAACGAUCAGAAGGAGAUCCUACUCAAGAAGGAGUUGGACAACAUCAAGUUCCAAGAUGAAUCGGCAAGAGCUACUCUCCUAUCAAUGAACCUUCCUGCUGCCAUUGAAGCCCUGGAGGUCGGUAUACCCAAGGCUUUGCAAGAGAAGAUGGACAUGGUCAGGUCAGAGCGUGGAGUGGAGAUGAUAAUAGACCUUUUGCGAUCAUUACAACAACUCCAUGAUGAGGAUGCAUCGAUUGCCAACGCUGCCAAGAAUGUGCUCAACAAGGAGGAGGAAGACGACACCAGGAUGGCACAGCAGUAUGGCCCGUCAUGGAAUCGCACGCCAUCACACACACUGACGUCCAACCUGCGCCAAGACCUGGCCAAGUACCAAAGCAACCUUCAGCACUCGGCCAAGUCGGACGCUCACAUCAGGAAGAAGUUUGAUGAUGCUAGACCCCUCAUCUCGGCGCUGGAGAAUCAGAACGAAGUGAUCAGCUCACUUCCAUCCAAUGUCAUCCCAUUGAACCAGGUGCACGAGGUUGCCAACCUCAAGACACUCAUUAAGAGUCUGGACUCGCUAAGUGUGUCGCGAGAGUCUGUCGCAGAGAGGUUCAAACAACUUGUUAGAAGUGAUGACAUCACAACAAAAUUGAUCAAUCCAAGCAAGGAUAAGACUCAAGUGUACAAAGAAGAGAUAUCAAAGUAUGAACCAUUCCAACAACAGUUGAAUGAUAGUUACUUGAAACAGGAGUCACUGCUUGAAUCAAUCAGUGUGGAGAAUGAGAAUUUUGCCAGGACUCAUUCCAAACAGGGUAGCCAACGCGAGGAGACUCUUCAGAGAUUCGCCAAUGCAUACAAGACUUACAACGAGCUCAAGUCCAACCUGAGCGAGGGCAUCCAGUUCUACACCAACUUCCAGGAGAUCUUGGCCAAGUUUAGAGCAAGAUGUGAGGACUUUGCCAACGAACGAGAGAGGGAGAAGAAUGAUCUGCUGCGACAGAUCCAGUCGGCGCCGUCUAUCCAGUCGCCACCACAUCGCCAGGUCUACACCGGCAACAACAUGCCUCCACCACCAGUCUACAAUCCAAACAACUACCAACAACAAAUGCCCUAUGCUCCUUCUGCACCACCCGCUUCAUAUGGUGCGCCGCCACCAUCAUUCGCAGCGCCUCCACCCUCCUUUGGCGCACCUCCCCCACCCUACCAGACCUAUGGUGCUCCUCAGCCACCACCAACUUACAAACCAGCUGGCCAGUAUCAUACUCCUCCUCCCCCUCAACAACAAAACAACAAUAAUAAUAGGUAC